CAAACCGGCGCAGCGGCCACGUCCCUCCCCAGCUCUCCGCCUCCCGUCCUCCGCACCGCACCCCUGCCCCUGGAGGACGUCGCCGCCAGCAACACCACCAGCACCAGCAGCCAGACAGACCUUGCUUUGCUAGUUUGCUUGGAGGAGAGGAGAGACACCGCAACCGCAUUGCCAUGAGAGGGAAGGGGGCCUUGCUGCUCGUGCGUCGUCUGAAUUAGCUCGCUCACGGCCGCCCCCCGGCCCAGGUAUGCAUGCCAGAUUCCGGCCAUCGUCCGAAUUGAAGAUGGCGGCAGCAGCAUCCAUGGCGGCCCGUGGCGGCGCUCUCGUUGCGAUCAGCAGGCCGAGCAGGAGGAUGGGUGGCUGCAGGGCGGAACCGCCGCGUUUCUUGGUCGUCAGCUGCGACGCCAGGACAGCGGACGUCUACUCCUCCCUGGCUGCAAAGAUUUUGGGACCUCCCAUGACCUUCAAUGCGGCGAAGCUCAAGGUGGAGUUCGCCGGGGAGGACAAGCAGCCUCCUCCUUUCCCCCGAGCCUACACUCUGACCCACUGCGACUUCACGGCGAACCUGACGCUGGCCGUGAGCGGUCCCAUGACCACCAGCGAGCAGCUGCGCAGCUGGCAGUCGACGCUGCAGAGGGACGACGUGGUGGCGGAGUGGAAGGAGGUGACCACCGCCGCCAACGCCGGCGGGGAGAGGGAGAUGACGCUGCAGGUGCAUUGCUUCGUCAGCGGCGCCAACCUCCUGCAGGAGCUCGCCGCAGGUUUCAGAUACUACGUCUUCUCCAAAGAGCUGCCGCUGGUCCUCAAGGCGGUGGUUCAUGGCGACGCGGCUCUGUUCGCGGAGAGGCCGGAGCUGAUGGAGGCCAAGGUGUGGGUGCAUUUCCACUCCACCUCGCGCAAGUACAACCGGAUAGAGUGCUGGGGCCCGCUCAGGGAGGCCACCACCAGGAGGAACCACAGCCACCUGCUGGAUCUGGAUGGCCGCCGGCUGGACCAACAACUGCAGAACGCCAUCACCAAGAGCAAGCGGCGAAGGAAGUGGGCGGCCCCCGAGACAAUCUUCAACGCCCUGCUCGCCCUUCUCCUCUGAUUUGAUUCAGCCGCGUGCUGCGUGCCUAUACAUGGACUAUAGAGUGAUCAAGUAAAAGCAUUCGCGAUCUGAUUGAUAUAUAAUCCUAAAGAGAAGCAAACCAUUGUCAAAGGAUUUGGAAAGAUUGCUCAUUUUUUCGCUCUGCUGAUGUGCACUCAUGUAUCACCAUUUUGACAUUUUUUUAUAUAAAAAAUAGCAAUUGUAAUUGUAAAUCAUAAGCAUAUCUCCGCAAUAGAUGAUGCAACACAUGUCUGCACAUGUUUAUUGAAACA